ACCACCACGACACAUAAAGAGCACCAUUUUUUCAAUACCAAAACAAAACAAAAUCAAGUAGGUAACAAGUUAAUCAAUUUGUUUAAUAUACAUAAAACAUAGUAGAACUUUGGGGAGACCGGGGUUCAAAACCUUAUGAAACUAAAUCUAUAUGGCUAUGCGGUUAGAGAACUAUGAUUUGGAUUUUAUUUGAAUAUCUGAAGAGGUAGUCCGUUUGUGGGCUGCACCUUUUCUUAGAAAUUAGUAGAUAUAGGUGUUCGGGUGUUCAAUCAGUUUUGGUUUGGGGUCAAUUUGGGUUCGGUUUUUUAGAGCACAAAUUUGGUGUCAUUCAGAUAUUAUAAAAGUUUGGUUCUAUGUCGGUUCAGGUUUACUCGGGGUUGGUUCGGAUACAGUAACACAUUGGAACCUGGUUGAACCCGUUUUAAAUUCGGGUUUUGUUCUAAUUCAGGAUUCAGUUAUCCAAAUACUUAUUUGUGACUCAAAAGUUCAUAUUUAAGUUCACAAACUUGAAAAAAUAAAACAAUUUGCAUUAACAAAGGCUUCAUGGCAUAAUUAAGAAGUGGUUGCUAAGAAGAGAUAAACAUAAACAAGUAAAAACUAACAAAUAACAAUUCUAUAAACGUUAGAAACAUCAUUUAAAUUUUAAAAAUAAUAUAGUUUUAAAACUUUUGAAAAUAAAACUUAAUUACAAUCAAACUUUAAAUACAAUGGUCAAAACAUAAAAAAUUUAGUAUUUGAAUAAUUAUCAAAAAUAUACAUUAGACUAAAUAUUGGAGUUAAUUUUCAUGUAAUAAAUAAUUAUUAGAGUACUUAUUGAGGUCUGAGUUUGUGUUUGGUACGAUGUUUUGAUCUUGAGUUUUUGAAAAGAUUGGAUUUUUAGAUAUCAGUUGGAUUCGGAUUCGGUUCGGGUAAAACUCAAAACCUGAAAUACUUUAGAACAAAAUCCAUUUGGAUAUUAUAUCGAUUUCACUCCGGUUAGAUUUACUUUUUUCGGAUUGAAUCUGUUCGUAUUUUCAGAUUCGAUUUCUUUCGCCAUCCCUAAUUAAAAUUUAGUCUAGACUCUUCCUUAAAUUCAGGAUACUCCAUUUUAAUCAAAAGAAAAAUACAGAAAAAAGGAAACGAGAAUAUGAGAGAGAUUGUUCAGAAAUAUAUAGGUGAUAAUGUGAGAGAUGGUAAGCAACGAACAAUAAUAUAACAACAAAAGUGGCAGCUUUAGCAAAAAUGUAAACCAACAAAAGUGGCAAACAAAUAGAGGACCUACCUCGAAAAUAAUCGUGAUGUUACAAUAUCCUUUCAUUUCUCAAUGAUCAACAAUAAUUUUAAUUUUCUUUACUUUGCAAGCCUUUUUCUUUUAAAAUAUACAAUAACUACAAGCUGGCUUUAACAAUUAAUCUAUAUAUUGUUCAAUAAUUUAUCCACCAAAAUAUCUGUUAACAUUAUGCAUAUAUAUAGUGAGUAUAUAUAGCUCAUAAGCUCACCACCAUGCAUCAAACAAUUUACGCCUCUUAGCUCUAAAUCAUAAGAUUAUAUAUUAUGUUUUAGGUAUUAUAACAUUGCAUGAAUAUAUAAAAAAGCAAAAUUUGGAGUCUAAGUGAAAAAAACAUGAAAACACCUUGCAGCUAUGUGGGGCUGAAGAAAGGGGCAUGGACCACCGAAGAAGAUAAGAAACUCAUCUCUUACAUCCACGAACAUGGAGAAGGAGGCUGGCGCGACAUUCCCCAAAAAGCUGGGUUUAAAAGGUGUGGAAAGAGUUGUAGACUGCGUUGGACUAACUACCUAAAACCUGAUGUCAAAAGAGGCGAGUUUAGCUCAGAGGAGGAACAGAUUAUUAUCAUGCUUCAUGCUUCUCGUGGUAACAAGUGGUCGGACAUAGCGAGACAUUUACCUAGAAGAACAGACAAUGAGGUCAAGAAUUACUGGAACACUCAUCUUAAAAAACGUUUGAUCGAACAGUGUAUUGAUCCCGUGACUCACAAGCCACUGGCUUCUAAUUCCAACCAUACUGUCAACACGCCUCCAGAGAAUUUGCAUUCCCUUGCUGCGCCUAGUUCCGACAAGCAAUACUCCCGGUCGAGCUCAAUGCCUUCCCUGUCUCGUCUUACCAACAAAGAUGGGACACCAGUUCAAGGCGGUGCCUUGAGUCACAAAAAACGUUUCAAGAAGUCGAGUUCUACAUCAAGGCUUUUGAAUAAAGUUGCGGCUAAGGUCACUUCUGUAAAAGAAAUAUUGUCGGCUUCCAUGGAAGGUAGCUUGAGCGCUACUACAUUACCAUAUGCAAGCCAUUCUAAUGGCUUCUCUGAGCAGAUUGGCAAUGAAGAGGAUAGUUCCAACGCGUUCCUGACAAAUACUCUCGCCGAGUUCGAUCCCUUCUCCCAAUCACCGUUGUACAGUGAGCAUGAGAUCAACGCUACUUCUGAUCUCGGUAUGGAUUACGAUUUCUCACAUUUUCUUGAAAAGCUUGGGAGAGAUGACCACAACGAGGAGAACGAUAUGAAUGUCGAGUAUGGUCAUGAUCUUCUUAUGUCUGAUGUGUCUCAAGAAGUCUCAUCAACUAGCGUUGAUGAUCAAGACAAUAUGAUUGAAAAUUUCGAGGGUUGGUCAAAUUAUCUUCUUGACCAUGCGGAUUUCGUAUAUGACACGGAGUCUGAUUCCCUCAUAUGAGAGUCUUCAUUACCAAACAGACAGGUUUCAAACUAUUUGAAACUUGCCAACGAGAAGUUAUAUGUACGUGUGUAUUAUUUGCAUCGUUUAGUAUACGUCCAAGCCUUCAGGGUUAGUAAUCCCGAGUUUAGGGGUUAUAUCAUGUCAAAUAAGGGUUUAAUCUUAAGUUUCCGCAAGAAGUAAAAAAAUAAUAUUCGAAUAAGGGUUUCUCUGCCAUUGAGAACCAUGCAUGCAUGUAACCUCACGGAUCAAUUGGUAAUUGAUUUGGGUGGGCAAUGAUGUUUUACAAUGGUAAAUAUAAUAAAGUUUGUUUGUUUUAUUUAUCA